AUGUCUCAACGAGAAGCAUACCAAUUCCCAUCAAGCUCAGGAGGCGCGGGCACUGGCUACGCUGGCUACGACACGGCGACUGGUCCCAAGGUCACAUACAUCUGCGGCGAAUGCUCUGCGAAAGUCCCGCUGGAGAAGGAGGACAAAGUCAGAUGUCCCAGCUGUGGUCAUCGUGUGCUCUACAAGGAGCGGACUAAGCGGUAA